AUGGACACACUUGGACCUCGAAUUAUGGUAAAUGUUGGCACUCAAGCUGUUUCAAACACAGGACUUAAUCCACGAGAUUUAGCUCCAUUAACAAAUGAUGCAUUUCUUGCUACAUUUACAGGAAAAACACCAUUAUCAGCAAGUAAUGGUAUAUCACGACAACAUAAUAAUUAUCGACAAUCUUAUACAACACAAAUGGAACGUGUUACCAUUCGUUCAAAAUCACGACCAUUAACAUCAAAUGGUACUGAAUCAAUUGAACCAGAUUCAGCUAUUUUAUCAAUUAUUCGUGGUAAUGGAUCAGAUAGUAAUCAACAACAACCAUCACAACGACAAUUACCAGGCACUCGUAAUCGUCGUCGUUCAUUCAAUCAACAACUUAUGGGUGGUUGGAAUGAUGUACCAUGUUCACCAAAUUAUCGACCAACAAAUGAUUCGACUCGUCGACGUCGUACACGUUCAGGUGGUGCACAACAACAAAUAAGUGUUGUUGAUCAAAUGGCUGCUCAACCACAUAUUCCAUAUGCUAUUUUACCAAAACGUUUUGAACCUAAACAAGUACCAACAAAUGGUCGUCAACAACAAUCACGUUCAUUAAAUAAUAAUAAUUAUAAUAAUUAUAACAAUAAUCUUAAUGGUGGUGAUCGUCGUCGUCGCCCAAAUCCUCCACGUCGUUCACAACGACAACAAGAAUAUUAUGAUGAUCAAUGGGAAGAUGAAGAUGAUGAAUUAUGGCUCGAACCAAUGCCAUCAAUGAUGAAUCGACGAUUCACUCAACGACCAAAUCGAAACUUUAAUCAAACUACUGGUUAUUAUGCACCACGUCAACGUGUAGAUAAUUAUUAUGAUUCAUAUUCAUAUGGUCAAAUGUCUCGACAAGGACAAUUACCAACUCGUCCACGUCGUCGUAUGACAUAUCAAGAUGACGGUUAUGUUCCAUUUGAUAUUGUACCAUCAUAUGAUCUUAAUGAAUGGCAAGGUCCAUAUGCACGACAACGACAAUCAUUAUACUCAUCACAACGUGGUGGAUUUCGUUAUGGAAAUGGUUUCAUUCAUGAUGAUCAUCGUGUAAAUGGUUCAUCAAGACAAUCACGAAAUACAUCUAAACCAUUAACACCAACACGUAAUGGUAAACAAACAAAAUCACCAAGAAAUACCAAAGGACAACAAAAACGUCGUACUUCUCGACCACAUAAACAACGAAAUCAAAAUUCUAAAACUGAAGGAACACCAUUAACAAGUACAAAUGAUAAUGAACUCAGUACUGAAGAUAAAAAAAAACAAGAAGAAACAACAACAUCAUCAUGUGAAACUGAACACAAACCAUUAGAACCACGUGAUCAUGACCAUAAAGAAACAGAUGGUGAACACAAAUCAGAAUAA